AUCUUGGCAAUGUUUCAAAUAAUUAAAACUGGCCGGAAUAAAGUGCAGGAGUUGCAUUACCUGGAUCUCCCUCCGAAAGAGGCUGCCUCAUCGACGCCCCCGCCGUCUGCAAUGGUGAUUAAAACAACUUUUAGCAACAGUCCCGGAACCAAGCGGCAGUUUGUUAAAGUCAACGAGGAGAUGUUUGUUCAGGAAAUAAAGAAACGGCCAAUUCUAUACAACACCACCAUGAAGGACCAUAAACGGUUCAGCACUAGGCAUGAAGCUUGGGCCGAGGUGGCGGUUGUGAUGAAUUUGUCCGAACAGGAGUGCAAAAAGCGCUGGCGCAGCCUACGUGACGCUUUCAUGAAGGUGGUUCGCAAUAAGAACGAGGAAGAACAGAAGACGUGGGUUCACUAUCGGUUGCUGGAAUUUCUGUUACCGUUCAUAGGGAGAAAAGGAAAACGAUCCAGGGAAAUGGAUUGUAUUGAAGGCUUUGACACCUUUGACGAGGAUACGGAAUAUGUGGAAUUAGAAGAGGAAGUUUGUAAAGUUCCUCGAGAGCCUAUUACCGUAUCAUAUGUUACUGAAGAUGGACAGGAAGUUUUUCAGAUGCUUCAAGAUCCAGACACUAUACCCGAAGGUGCAGUAAUAGGAAUUGAAACCGAAGACGAGGAUGAAAUCGAAGAAAAUGAAAUGCUACACGAUAUUGAUGGUUAUGAAGAACGAUUAGACUCCACAAUGCUGGAUUUUCACGAACGUUACGAAGCAACAGAUCAACAGUUAGUUACGGAAGAAAGAAUCAAACAGGAGCACUAUUGUGAAGCGGGAGAGUCUGAAAUUCACAUGGAGGAAAUUGAGAUGGAUUCCAUUAUAAGUGAAGAGAACAAUGCUGACGCAAAAUCUGAACAUACCAAGACCAUACAAGAAAAUUCCACAGAAUUCACAAGCACGAAUCAGUUAUUAGAUAAGCAGAAUGUGUGUACAAUGAUUUCCCAGGAAGAGGAUGAACUUUCGAUGGCAGAUCUGGUCAGCAGUGGAGUAGAUUUAGUUUCAAAUCAGACGCCUACUCAAACAAGUAUAGAACAACAACCUGUACGAGUGGAAACCCCUGUGAAUGCUGUUUGUACACCGCUGCGGCGAGAACCUGAAUCUGAUACCAGAUCAAGCGAUUCUGACGAGAAAUUUCUCCUUUCAUGUGCUCCCAUCUUGCGACGGUUACCAAACAAAAAGAAUCAGCUAGCGAGACUGAAAAUACAACAACUGCUUUUCGAGUUAGAAUAUGAUGAAAAAUACAGCAGUUAGUGUACGUACAUUUAGGAAUUGUUGUAUGCAUCCUAACACUAACCAAUAUUAAAUUCGUAUGCUAUUUUAGAAUGAAUGGGUUUAGAUACCUAAAUAAUU